CCUCCCUCCCUCACACCCUCUCUCUUUAGCUCUUUCCCUCUCUCCUGCUCACAAGGAUCUGUCAGCGAGCAUGAGAAGACACAACUGAGUGGACAUUCACAGCGGACCACUGGACACUGAUGACCUGCGGAGGACCACUCUGAAACUGAGAUUUCUGCACAUUUCUACACACAGCUCAACUCAGCACCAUGACCAGGAAGGUGUUCACCAACACGAGGGAGCGUUGGCGCCAGCACAACGUCAACACCGCCUUCGCCGAGCUCCGCAAGCUCAUCCCCACCCAUCCUCCAGAGAAGAAGCUGAGCAAGAACGAGAUCCUGCGCCUGGCCAUGCGCUACAUCAACUUCCUGGUGCAGCUGCUGGAGACCCAGACAGGUCAACCGGCCAGCCACUCCCCCACUGCUCUGCUCACCUUUCUCAGAGGAAACAUGGAGCAGCUGCACUCCCCUACUCACACCUGGGCCAUGACCAGCGACACAGAAGUCCCGUCACCUGAAUCCAGCUGCGACAGCUCCGAGGCCUGGUAGAAAACACGGGAAAAAGGAAACUCUUGAGUGGACCUUCUGACCCUUUACCCAGGGUUUUAACAAACUGUUCUUGUCUUUUCUCAAGACUCUUUUUGUCUCUGCAUUUGUCACCCGUGUGUGUUUCAAUGCAGAAGACCCAAUAUUGUGUGAUAUAUGUGGGCUCCAAACAUGGCUGGAAAUGUUGGUACAGCCUCCACACUGAUCAGUGUUAAAAUAUGAUUUGCGGGUGAAAUUAAUUUGUAUUCUGCAUGGAUGUGUAAAAACCUGGAUGUACAAUAUUCCCUUCAUGUCUUCAUGUUAAUGCCCGCCUGGAACUAAAUUAGUUUUGCAAUGACAGGGUGUUUUGCCGAUGAGGAAAAUGGAGGGGAUUAAGGAAUUUCUCAUUUCAAGCAAUAGAUUCAGCACUUGAAUAGAUAAUGGCUCAGCCAAUUCUCCAGACUGCAAUCGUCUCAAAAUAGCCAAGGGCACUUUUUUCUACGACAUGCUGUUUUUUUUCUCAAGAAGACUAAAUCUGACCUUUAUUUUCAUUGAUAAAGGUUAUUUGACUUCAGAAGAAUCAGUUAUGUGAAAGACUUUUGCUGUUUCUCACAAAUACAGUAGUACACAACAGUGUUCAGUAUUUCUUGAAGACCAAUGUUUUCUUACGAUUGGGUUGAGAAAUGACAUCAAAAAUGACAAUCCGCUUUUGAUUAGUUAUAUCCUUUACUACGCAUAUGUCUCCUCAUUUAAAUGUGUUUGAGCUUAUGUAAAAUAUGCAUGUCAUAUAGCCAAAGAUUAUGAAUUGAUUGUCUACUGUAAAGAGUGUGCUAUUUAUCUUCUCAUACCUCCUUUUUAAGUUAUUUUGGUGUGCUUGUUAAUAU